AUGCAGACCACGACGACAAGAUCGGGCGGUCAGGCGGCUUCCCGCAAGAAUAACAGCGCUGGCAACGGCUCCAAGGGCAAGAAGAAGAAACCGCAGCAGCCCAAAAGCAAUGGCAAUGGCAAGGAAGCUGCUGAGCCCGCGGCCGCCGGUCCGCGACCCGUUGUCCCGCCACCACUUUCCGGUCCUUGGGGCAACCCUAAACCCGCGGCAACUAGCGCGCCCCCACCCGGCUUCGCUCCCAGCCCUCCCAAGCCUACCUCAUCUGGCUUCAGCGACGGGCAUUUGAGACUGCUGCGGCAUCGUGCGCUGUUUGCGUUCCGCUUCCUAGUGGGCAAAGCUGUGGAGCUGCAGCUCGUUGCGUCUGACGAUAGAUAUGUUGGUAUCUUGGACUGCGUGGAUCCGGACGAUUUCUCGGUGGUAUUGAAGAGCACAAAGCGACUGAGUAGUGGGCAAAACGCCACGCCGUUUGAGGACGGCAGUACCGUCAUCUUCAGACGCCAACAACUGGCGCAUUUGGUAGCGGACGGCUCGGUCAACUACACAGACGGCGUGUUCGCGCCAGGAGCUGCAGCCUCGGGUGGAAUUCGCACAGACACGGAGAUCAGCGGACAGAAGGGAGAACAUUUGUUCGGACGGGAGCUGGAGGCUGCCAGCUCGUGGCUGGACCCUGCGUUGGACACUGGCUCCCUCGAGGACCCAUCGUCCAAUGGCCGACGUAAGAGCCAUGGCUGGAACCAGUUCGAAGCCAACGAGAAGCUCUUCGGCGUCGUGUCGACGUAUGACGAGAAUAUUUAUACGACCAAGCUGGACAAGACCAAGAUCUCCACAGAGCAGUCACGUGCGGCUGAGAAACUGGCGCAGGAGAUUGAGCGUCAGUCGGCUGCUGGGAACUUCCAUCUGCAGGAGGAACGCGGACAGGCUGCGCGUGGCGGGAAGCACGCGAAUGACAUGGAUGAAGAGGCUCGGUACAGCUCCGUGGAUCGCAGAGGCGCUCCCCCAAAUGGUGACGCGUAUGUGCCUCCGGCCAUGAGGAACGCGCAGCGCCAAUCCAGCGGUGGCAAGUCUCAGACGAAGGUGCCAGUCCCAGCUCCUCCUUCAGAGCCGGCACCCCCUGUUGGAACUCCUGCGCCGGCGCCACCGGCUGCGCCUAAGCCUCUGUCUUUUAGUGAAGCGGUUACUGGUCGAUCAGCCGCCGCUGCACCUAAGGAAGCUUUAAAAAGUCAGCUAGAUGAGAAGAAAGUGGUCGCUGCUUCCCCAAAGAAAGAGACGCCGUCUGUACAAGUAAACGGUAAGGACGCCAAGCCCGCUGCAGCUAAAUCGAAGGGAAGUCCGAAGAAGAAAGACACUGCUAGUGGUAAGGAGAAGACGGAGAGCAAGAAUGAGCCCAAAAUUGAGAGCAAAUCGACGUCCAAGACGACUACUACCGCAACCACGAAGAAGGAAGAGACACCACAGGCAACUCCGAAGAAGGGAUUGAACCCGAACGCCAAGGAAUUCAAGCUGAACGCUUCAGCAGCUGAGUUCACUCCGAGCUUCACAGUGCCACCGGCAGUAAAAGAGCAUGUGUCGUCGCCCUACCGUGGCGGCUCGCCUGGUCACAUGCCUUAUCCUCACCCUGGUAUGGGAUACCCUCCACCGAUGCAGGAGGAAUGGAUGUACGAUAGUUUGGGUGGAGAAGAAGGCGGGGAGAUGGGAAUGCCUCCUUACGGCUACGGAGUGCCGAUGGGACCCAAUGGAGUGCCCAUGAUGUACCCUCCCAUGAUGCCUCAGCAGAAUAUGCGCAUGAUGGGUGGCCAACGCGGUGGCUACGGCUACCAGCAGCCUGGAUAUAACCCCCGGAGUUACUUUUCGCCACCUCACGGUAGCUUCCCGCCGUACGCGGGUGUAGGUCCUCAGCCCCCUCUACCCCCCACGCCCAGCGGCGAUGAGACCCCUGUUGACAGCCCACCAGCUCCCCCCGUGCCUGACACGGCACCUGAAGUAGACGCGACUACUUCAAACUCGAAGCAGCAGCCAUCGGCUUCCAAAAAAAAGUAGACGAGAUGUUAGUUGGGCGCGCGAUCGCGGCAAAAGCACGAAUUCAAGAAAGAGGAUGAUCGAGAGAGGAUGUCAAUUGCGUCUA